GUGGAAGACUGGGACGUGCGCAAGGUGACCUCGAUGCAGGGCAUGUUUCAGGGCACGACCGUUGCCGAUCCCAAUGUUACCUUUUGGGACGUUAUCAACUGUAAAAAUGUCUGGGUCUGGAAGAGUGCAUGUCUGUCAUGCUUGUCUGGCAUGACGCUCAAAUCUGUCAUGCACGUUACCCAAGAGCGCCACUUUUCUGUCAUGCAGAAACGCAGUUUGUCAUGCAGAAUAGAGAACACCUAGAAGCUCAGAAACAAACUUGUCAUGCUGAGCCAGUACUUGUGGCCUCCUCAUGAUACGCCAGCCAGCAUCACAAGUUUCCAGACCCAGACAUUUUUGCAUUUGAUAGACGUGCGGUCGCUGGAGAACGCGAUGGAGCUCUUUCUCGACGCGCAAAUCGCCAAGCCGUGCGUGACUACGUGGAACACAACCCUGCUCCGCUACUUGAACCGCACCUUCCAGAAC